AACAAAUUGUAAACAAGCUACACGUAUUCGCGCUACUGUUUCUUCAAACAGAAAUGUAAACGGUGGUACAUAUUGUACAAAACAUGCAAACCCUCCAUAUCAUCACAGUAUGCCUCGACCAGGAUUACAGUUAGCGUUGUUAUUACUUGCAGUCCCGGCGCAGUACAUAAUCUCAAAAUGGAUGACGCCCCAGGCUGCCGACAGAGAAUACCUGACAAGAAGCUUUUUUGCUGAUGGAGUAAACAUGUUUUGGAAAAUUUGUAAUCUUACUGAAUGGAAAAUUUAUGUGAGUGGAUUGAAAGAGCGAAUUUUAUAUGCCACUGAUCAAGGGGAAUGUCCAGCUAAGGAAGUUAUGCAUUUUGCUGAACCAAAUGGAUAUUUUUCUGGCUCACCUGAACCAAGAAAACAUCGUGACAAAGUGAAAUAUAGAAUUGGGCAAGUUAUAAAACACAAAAGAUUUGGAUAUAGAGGUGUCAUAGUUGGAUGGGAUUAUAGAACGAAGGCUCCUGAUCAAUGGAUACAAGUGAAUCAUUUCGAUCCGACAUGGCGUUAUCAACCAAAUUAUUCCAUUCUUGUGGACACACGUGACCGAACAGAUGUUCAAACGACAUACGUUGUCGAAGAAAACAUGGAAGUCAUCUCAGAUACUAAGAUUGAACAUCCAGACAUAGACGAAUAUUUCCAGUCGUACGGUGGUUCGCAGUACGUGCCAAGACCCUGGUUAAAAGAACUUUAUCCUUUGGACUGAUUUCAGUUGUUAUUUGUAUAUUUGUUAAAUUGAGUUACUUUUUUUAGAUAUAGAAAAA